GGCUCCCGACGAGAGUGCACGCGUGUCUUCCCCGCACCGGCCGUGACGUGAACGAUCGCGUAAUUAACAUAAAUUACAAAAAACAAUUAACAAUAACCAAGUGUUGUGCCAGAACUGGAUUACAAGUGCUUUGUGGAAACUCUUAUGUGACUGCCGCCAUUUAUAUUGGACUAUUAUUAUUUUAUUAAUUUCAUGAGAAUAUAAGGUAUACUAUCAACGGUUUUGAAAUCUCCUUACAUUGAUUCGGAUUAUUUUGUGGUGCAUAUAGAAACUGAAUCACAUGGUUGCCACUAUAAGAAGAUUAUAACAUCACGCUACCCGCCUAUUAUUAGGUUCCCAGUGGUACUUACAUGAGAUGUUAUGGGCUCACGCGGCGUAGCGAAGUGGCGCUGGUGGGUGGUAGUGGUGGCAUGGUCGUGGGGCGCGGCGGCACGCACGCUGUGCCCAGCGCGAUGCGCAUGCGACGACGCGCUACGUGCUGCAUCCUGCGCGAACGCAGGCCUCGAAAUAGUCCCCAUACAACUCAAUCCAGAAGCCACUCAUAUAAACUUAACGCACAAUGUCAUCAACAAUCUUCUCUACACCUUCGCGUUCUACACACAACUCACUGUCUUAGACAUGUCAUACAACAAAAUACAAGACUUAGGUAGUAAAAACUUCGAGAAUAACAUGGAAAUGACUCAUCUUAACUUGAGUCACAAUCUCCUGAAACAUCUAGAUAAGGACACAUUCAUCGGACUGAGGAAGCUGGUCGAUUUAGAUUUAUCCAACAAUAUGAUAUCAAAUGUCCAUGCGCAGACUUUCAAAGAUUUAUCAGUACUAGAGAGGCUUGAUCUAUCAAACAAUAAGCUAGUGAGUUUCCAACCGGAUUCAUUCGAGCCCCUGUCGACGUUGAAGAUUUUAUCGCUUCGGAACAAUUCCAUAUUGGACAUACCGUCUGCAAACCUUUUCUUCGUUGUUCACUUAGAGAUUCUAGAUUUAUCAGAAAAUUUAAUACAACGAGUUCCCAGACAUGGUAUGCCGUAUUUAAAGGAAUUGAAGCACUUAGAUUUAAAUAGCAAUAUCAUUGAAGAAAUAGACCAAUUAGGAUUCCACAAUUUGCCAUCAUUACGACAUUUGGAUCUCAGUGACAACAAUAUGACAACAAUACCUACAUCAGCUAUAUCGAAGCUUUCAAAUUUGUCACAUCUCUACCUCAGUGGCAACUUUUUCCAAAACAUAACAGCUUUAUCUUUUCAAAGUCUGUUCCAUUUAAAACAUUUACAUCUUAGCAGACUUUAUGAUCUUGAUAAAAUUGACUCGAGAGCAUUUGUCGACAAUAUAAAUCUACAAAAGAUAUGGAUGAAUGAAAACUUGAAAGUGGGGGAGGUCCCUUCGAGAUUGUUCCAUGGAAAUCCUAAACUAACCCACAUUUACAUGAGAAAUAACGCUUUGGAGACUCUUGAAGCUUCUCAUUUCCCAAUCGACCGGCUGCAAGAGUUGGAAAUAUCUGGAAAUCCCUUCAUCUGUAAUUGUUCAUUGUUAUGGCUGUGGAAACUUGGAAGAGAAAGUGAAAUCAAUAGCAAGAGAGCUGGAAAUGACAGUUUAACGCUCAAGAUUGAUGAAGAAGACGUGAAAUGUGCUGGACCUGCUCAUUUAAAUGGAGUUCUGUUUGUUCAAAUUCCGGAAUCAGAAUUCGGGUGCUCAAGUGGGUGGGUGAUUGUGGCGGUAGUGGUGCUAACAGUGAGUAUUGUAAUAAGCGUGGUGGGAGGUGUUUUGUACUUUAUGGGACCUUUGAAAAAGUGCAAAGGGGACAAGUCAAAACAAGUAAUGACAAGUGUCAUGUUAAAUGGUGAUGUGUCAAAAUUAGGUAAUGGUUUAGGUUACUCAACGCGGAGUCGAGAACAGGAAAAUAAACGAGAAGUAGAUCGGUAUCUAAUGAUUGGGUCAUCUGUUACGAAUAACUUCCAUUCGCUCAAUCCUCCUUGGCACAGUGUCGAUAAGAAUCCUUACUAUCAAGAGGACAGUGAGGAACACAUUUAUCAACAGUUCGCGUAUGAGACUAUUCCUCCUCAUCGGACACCAGAAAAGCCACACAUAGUGUACGUCUAACAUAAGGUUUGCGCAAAGGACAAUAUGGCGAAUAUAUUUUCUUUGCAGCAUUACAUGACUAAACUAGUGUAUCGUCAAAUAGACAAUGAACAUUGAACAAUUGAAUAUGCAAUAAUGUAAAUAGUGAUACGAUUGAAAUUGUAAUAUGUGAUAGCUUUGUAUAUAGUGGUGUAAAUAUACGAACCAGUGCGAGAAGACAUUAAUUAGAUAUAUAACUCUCCAUUUUGUACUUAUGUUACAGAUAGAAUCGAGUUCUUUGGACUGUAUAGUAGGGAUGUUUUUUGUAUCCAAGUAUUAUUUUGUUUACUAGUUCCUCUGAAAUAUGGGUACUCAAAUACGAUUAAGUGCUUUGUAAAAAGAAGUUCAGUACUAAUGAAUAUUAUUAGAACUCAUGUGUAAUUAUAUAGUAUAUUAUAUAUUUUCUGAAUUAGAACACCAAUACUUGAUGAAAACUUUGUACAAAUAUGAGCAAUAUAGAUACUAAUUUCAAAUAAUUAUAUGUCGUUAAUUUUAUUCGGGAUAUUGUUAUAGUAUACCAAUAGUUAUUUAGAUGAAAAACAUUUUCCCACUAAUAAUAUACAUUGCUUAAAUCAUUAACCUUUAUACAUAUACCUGCAUAUAACUUCAUAUAUAACCAUUAUAUAAACCAGCUGCUCUGAUGGUGAGGGGUACAAAUAGAUACAAUUUUAUUGGCUAUUUUUGUAAAUUGAUUUCACGAGAAUUACUUCAAUUCAUUGAUUUUCAUAGAUAUUUUGAAAUUCAUAUUUUUAUACGUAGUGAAUAUGUAUUGGUUCAAAAGUUUUUGAUCUGACUGAAAAUAGAAUUAAAAGCCUAAUUUAAAUUAUUGUUUUUUAAAACUACUUGAACAAAAGUUGACUGGUAAAUCAACCAGAUCCAAAUCGCAUAUUAAACUUAUUAACUUUGUCAUACAAUAGCAACAACCUUUAGCAC